AUGUCUCACUUCUUGGAUGGCAUUUGCACCAUCAUCGGUGUCUUUCACAAACUUGUGAAGGAAGAUGGAGACUCCUCCAACCUCAGCCGAAAGAAGAUGAAGGAGUUCAUCCAGAGGGAGUUUGCAGAUGUCAUAGAUAAGCCCCAUGACCCUCAGACGCUCGACAAGAUUCUGCACUUUCUGGAGUGGGAUGGAGACGGGGAAAUAGAUUUCAAUGAGUUCCUGCUUUUGGCCUUCCGAGUGGCCAAGGCCUGCUACUGGUACCCACCAAAGGCACCAGGUCUUCUGCAGAGAACAAAGCUGAGCACCAGCAGCAAGUCACUCCGAGAGCCAGAAGCUAAGAGCAGAGAGAGCCAUCAGGAGCUGCAGGAAGAAGAACAACGAACCUGUGAGGACAAUCAUGAACCUGAGCUGCAACGAGACACCAGGGUCAAUGAGCUCGAAACACUAGAAGAAACAAGGAGUCAUCAACAGCAACAGAACACACGAAGAAGAAAUGAAGCAAAACUAAGCAGAGAGCCGGGGGAGUCAAUCCUCCAGAGAGAAGAAGAAAGAAGCCAAGAGCCACACAACUGGCAGAACAGCCAGAGAAGAAGUCAGCCACCAGGGCUGGACAGACGAGGCGACGUGCAACUCAGCAAGGGUGGCAGCUGGCAAGAACAUGAGGCUGGACGGAGGGCAGAUGAGAAGCAAAAUCAAGAGAGGACUCAAAGAGAACAAGUGGGAGACAUGAGGAGUUGUAGUCAAACCUGUGAACCUCAACAACUGCCAAACCGGUGGAGUAGCCAUCAGCUACAGGAGCCAGAACGACCAGCUUAUGAUCAAACCAACCAGUGGCCACAUGAAGAAGAAAGAGGAAGGCACAAGCAGCCACGUAAACCUGAGUUAAUAAGAGAAGAGAGAAACCGCUACCUACUACGUGCACUGGAACAAAAUGAACUUGAAGAAAGAGGCGACCAGCCAUGUGAGCCUGAAUGCCUGGAAACAAGACACCCACAUCAGUCAUACAUUCAGGACCCGCUAGAAAUUGAAACCAAUUACAAAGAGAAUUAUGAAGCAGAGAGAGAUAACGAUGAACAAAGAAACAGAAAGGAGGAAGAGCUUCAAUACACAGUAGCUAAAAGACAGAUACACGAUCAAGAAAGAGAAGACAGAGAUAUUGAAAAUAGACAAGAGCCUGUGCAGAAGAGGAGGAUCCAGCGGGAAAGGGACCUGGACCUUGAGGUCUAUGAGCGCCGCAGCCGUGAGACACAAGACAGGGAAGAGCCGGGGGCCAGGACUGAAAGGACACGAGACACCAGGGUGGUGGCAGCAGAAGCUGAUCUAGACAUCAAACGUCUGUCCCGGGAGCCACGAGCAGAGCCUGAAAGGAGGGAUCGAUCCCGUGUAAGAGAAGAUCAGGAGGAUGAGAGAAGAAUCCCCAGUGAAGAGGGGAGUGAAGAGCCCAGGCAGGGGAGGAGGAUCCAGCAGGAAAGGGAGCGGGACCUCGAGGUCUAUGAGCGCCGCAGCCGUGAGACACGAGACAGGGAAGAGCCGGGGGCCAGGACUGAAAGGACACGAGACACUAGGGUGGUGGCAGCAGAGGCUGAUCUACACAUCAAACGUGUGUCCCGGGAGCCACGAGCACAGCCUGAAAGGAGGGAUCGAUCCCGUGUAAGAGAAGAUCUGGAGGACCUGAGAAGAAUCCCCUGUGAAGAAGGGAGUGAAGAGCCUGUGAGGGACAGGAAGAUCCAGCGGGAACAGGAUCUGGCCCUUGAGGUCUACGAGCGCCGCAGCCGAGAGACACGAGUCAGGGAAGAGCCGGGGGCCAGGACUGAAAGGACACGAGACACUAGGGUGGUGGCAGCAGAGGCUGAUCUACACAUCAAACGUGUGUCCCGGGAGCCACGAGCACAGCCUGAAAGGAGGGAUCGAUCCCGUGUAAGAGAAGAUCUGGAGGACCUGAGAAGAAUCCCCUGUGAAGAAGGGAGUGAAGAGCCUGUGAGGGACAGGAAGAUCCAGCGGGAACAGGAUCUGGCCCUUGAGGUCUACGAGCGCCGCAGCCGAGAGACACGAGUCAGGGAAGAGCCGGGGGCCAGGACUGAAAGGACACGAGACACUAGGGUGGUGGCAGCAGAGGCUGAUCUACACAUCAAACGUGUGUCCCGGGAGCCACGAGCACAGCCUGAAAGGAGGGAUCGAUCCCGUGUAAGAGAAGAUCUGGAGGACCUGAGAAGAAUCCCCUGUGAAGAAGGGAGUGAAGAGCCUGUGAGGGACAGGAAGAUCCAGCGGGAACAGGAUCUGGCCCUUGAGGUCUACGAGCGCCGCAGCCGAGAGACACGAGUCAGGGAAGAGCCGGGGGCCAGGACUGAAAGGACACGAGACACUAGGGUGGUGGCAGCAGAGGCUGAUCUACACAUCAAACGUGUGUCCCGGGAGCCACGAGCACAGCCUGAAAGGAGGGAUCGAUCCCGUGUAAGAGAAGAUCUGGAGGACCUGAGAAGAAUCCCCUGUGAAGAAGGGAGUGAAGAGCCUGUGAGGGACAGGAAGAUCCAGCGGGAACAGGAUCUGGCCCUUGAGGUCUACGAGCGCCGCAGCCGAGAGACACGAGUCAGGGAAGAGCCGGGGGCCAGGACUGAAAGGACACGAGACACUAGGGUGGUGGCAGCAGAGGCUGAUCUACACAUCAAACGUGUGUCCCGGGAGCCACGAGCACAGCCUGAAAGGAGGGAUCGAUCCCGUGUAAGAGAAGAUCUGGAGGACCUGAGAAGAAUCCCCUGUGAAGAAGGGAGUGAAGAGCCUGUGAGGGACAGGAAGAUCCAGCGGGAACAGGAUCUGGCCCUUGAGGUCUACGAGCGCCGCAGCCGAGAGACACGAGUCAGGGAAGAGCCGGGGGCCAGGACUGAAAGGACACGAGACACUAGGGUGGUGGCAGCAGAGGCUGAUCUACACAUCAAACGUGUGUCCCGGGAGCCACGAGCACAGCCUGAAAGGAGGGAUCGAUCCCGUGUAAGAGAAGAUCUGGAGGACCUGAGAAGAAUCCCCUGUGAAGAAGGGAGUGAAGAGCCUGUGAGGGACAGGAAGAUCCAGCGGGAACAGGAUCUGGCCCUUGAGGUCUACGAGCGCCGCAGCCGAGAGACACGAGUCAGGGAAGAGCCGGGGGCCAGGACUGAAAGGACACGAGACACUAGGGUGGUGGCAGCAGAGGCUGAUCUACACAUCAAACGUGUGUCCCGGGAGCCACGAGCACAGCCUGAAAGGAGGGAUCGAUCCCGUGUAAGAGAAGAUCUGGAGGACCUGAGAAGAAUCCCCUGUGAAGAAGGGAGUGAAGAGCCUGUGAGGGACAGGAAGAUCCAGCGGGAACAGGAUCUGGCCCUUGAGGUCUACGAGCGCCGCAGCCGAGAGACACGAGUCAGGGAAGAGCCGGGGGCCAGGACUGAAAGGACACGAGACACUAGGGUGGUGGCAGCAGAGGCUGAUCUACACAUCAAACGUGUGUCCCGGGAGCCACGAGCACAGCCUGAAAGGAGGGAUCGAUCCCGUGUAAGAGAAGAUCUGGAGGACCUGAGAAGAAUCCCCUGUGAAGAAGGGAGUGAAGAGCCUGUGAGGGACAGGAAGAUCCAGCGGGAACAGGAUCUGGCCCUUGAGGUCUACGAGCGCCGCAGCCGAGAGACACGAGUCAGGGAAGAGCCGGGGGCCAGGACUGAAAGGACACGAGACACUAGGGUGGUGGCAGCAGAGGCUGAUCUACACAUCAAACGUGUGUCCCGGGAGCCACGAGCACAGCCUGAAAGGAGGGAUCGAUCCCGUGUAAGAGAAGAUCUGGAGGACCUGAGAAGAAUCCCCUGUGAAGAAGGGAGUGAAGAGCCUGUGAGGGACAGGAAGAUCCAGCGGGAACAGGAUCUGGCCCUUGAGGUCUACGAGCGCCGCAGCCGAGAGACACGAGUCAGGGAAGAGCCGGGGGCCAGGACUGAAAGGACACGAGACACUAGGGUGGUGGCAGCAGAGGCUGAUCUACACAUCAAACGUGUGUCCCGGGAGCCACGAGCACAGCCUGAAAGGAGGGAUCGAUCCCGUGUAAGAGAAGAUCUGGAGGACCUGAGAAGAAUCCCCUGUGAAGAAGGGAGUGAAGAGCCUGUGAGGGACAGGAAGAUCCAGCGGGAACAGGAUCUGGCCCUUGAGGUCUACGAGCGCCGCAGCCGAGAGACACGAGUCAGGGAAGAGCCGGGGGCCAGGACUGAAAGGACACGAGACACCAGGGUGGUGGCAGCUAAGAGAAGAUCAGGAGGAUGA